AUGUUCUGCCCUGAUGUGGAGGCUGUGUCCCAUCUUCAUCAUCUCAGAUUCUAUGUGCAAAAACACUGUGAUGAAUUCGCCUCAACAGUCUGUGCAUCAUGUCCCCCUUCAACUUAUACUGAUGAACCCAAUGGAUUACUGCAGUGCAAGGCCUGCACAGUCUGUGACCCAAAGGUGGGCUUAAAGGUCAGGAGGGCAUGUAGCCUAACAUCAGACACACUCUGUGAGCCUCUAGAGGGUCACUGGUGUACUGACCCAAUCAAAGAUGGCUGCCGAGGAGCUGCGGAACACAUCAGGUGCUCAUCAGGACAAUACAUUGAACAGAGAGGUACAGCCUCCUCUGAUACGACAUGUGGGACGUGUGAGCAUGGCACAUUUUCAGAUGGGGUUUUGACAUCCUGCAGGUCUCAGUAA